AUGGCGCCAUCUGCCUCGGCUUCCACUCCUCCAAGCCACCCCGCGUCGGUUUUUCCGCUCGCCGCGAUUGCGCUCCCGCAUCUCACCGCCGCGGGCCUUCCCCCACAGCGCGCCGAGCCGUUCCUCCGCGCCCUCACCGCCCUGCUCCACUCCUGCGCAGCAAACGGCCUCUCAAUUCCCGCCACGUGGCAGCAUGUUGCGCGUUCGCUGCUGCGGCCCGACGUGCCGUUCCCCGUGCACGAGCUGCUCUACGCGUCCGCCUUCGCCACGUGGCGCGAGCGCGCGCUCGGACCGCCGCCAGUGUGGACACCGACGCGGGACGAGGCACGGCAAACCAAUAUAGGCCGCCUGCUGGACAGCAGUGAGGGCAGGAAGCUUCUCGGAAAGAGCUCCCACGAGACUGUAGAUCUGCCAGUUGACUUCCAGCAGCUGCAGCGACUCUCGUACGACCGGCCAGAGCUCUACUGGCCAAUCGUUCUCCGCCACCUGGGAAUCAUUUUCCACAAGCCCCCUCAGAAGAUCUUCUCCCUGCCCGAGGAUCCUGAGGAACGUUUUCAGCUGCCCGGAGGACGCUGGUUGGUCGGGGCAGAGCUAAACAUUGCAGAGAGUUGCUUGUGCGGCCUUGGGAGUUGCGGCAGAGGGAAUGGGGAGGCGGAGGGAGAGGGCAGAGGGAUGGGUGCAUUGGGUGCGGUGAGGGGUGGGCUGGAAACUGCUGAAGGGAGGGGAAUCGAGGAGAGUGCGGGGGAAGCAAGGGGGGAGGGGGAGGGGGAGAGGGUGGCGGUGGUGUGGCGGGACGAGUGGGAGGAGGGUGCAGCGGUGCGGCACAUGACCCUUGGCGAGCUGAGGCAGCGAGCAGCUGCCGUCGCCCAGUCCCUACGAGCAAGAGGCGUGGGUCCAGGCGACCCGGUGGCACUGGCGCUGCCCAUGACGGUGCACUCACUGGCGGCCUACCUGGGCGUGCUGCUGCUUGGUGCGGCUGUGGUGUCCAUCGCUGACAGCUUCUCUGCCCGCGAGAUUGCUGCUCGCCUCAAGAUUGCCGGGGCCAAGGCGAUCGUCACACAGGUGGGUGGGGCGAGGAGCGAGGGGUGGGACUGCACAUGCUAA